AUGACUCCACUCCCAGAGUUAAGCCUGGACCUAUGGCUCAUGAUUGGCGAUCUCCUGGACACAACUUCAGUGAAAAGACUUGCGCAAACGUCGAAGGCGCUAUAUGCAACUUGUGUGCCCAUCUUAUAUUCGAAAGUCGAUCUCAGUAUCCACCAUGCUGAGCCCUACGGUGAACAUGAUGUCCAGGGCAUAAUCAUCCGCUGGCCAAAAGACGAGUCCAUAUUUGGUCGACAGAGCCUGUUCAUGGACACGAUAUUCCAUCAACCGAGCCUCGCAAAGCUUGUUCGAUCCUUCGUCUGGAGUAUGAGUCUGCACAGCACUUGUUCGCUACCACAAUGGGCAUCCUGCGGUCCAUCCAAUCGAGAGGAAUGUGACAAGCCAGCAAUUUACAACCUCGAAAAUUCAUAUACUCUCUUCGAACACCUGGAAUGUGUAACCUCGGUCGACAUAUUUGGAGGCUACAGUCACGCUUACCCAAGCCGCAAGAUACCGUCUUUGUUUCCACAAGCUAGGUCCAUUCAACUGAGCGGGCAAAUGCAUUAUGCACUUGCAAAAGCAAUACUCCAUGGUUCCGAUAAAGCGCCGCUCCAAUCCCUGGGGAUAAACUACCUCCACGAAAGAGGACAUACCCGCGACGGAGAAAACAUACAGGGUACCCGUAGAGGACGUCCCUGUUGCGAGAUAAGUGGCCACCAAGAAGAAACAUGGGACACAUAUGCUGGUGAUCUCCCUGGGCAACUACUUCCCGGCGACAUGAUCGGCCUCUUCACCACAGCUCUGCAGGCUCGAUGUGAGAAUCUGCAGACCUUCCAACUACACACCAUUGGUAGCCCCAUUCACCUCCCUUUCCAUACGCCACCCGGAUGGCGCUGGCGCUGGCGCGAGCUUCACAGGGAGCUAGCCGCGUUCUUUAAACAUGUUCACCCGCGAGAGGUCAAGCUGAUAUAUGGGGCCCUUGGUCCUCUUCCCCGGGAGGAUAUCUAUUCGCGCUAUCGACAGCGUAGCUGUCUUGGGGGCACGGAUCCUCAAAUACAUCAAAACGAUCUGAUUCCGAUUUUGCUGGAUGGCUGGCCGACGUUGAAAAGACUUGAAAUUGAGGGUGGGCACCCUUCACAAUGGUCACUUGUUCUGUCGAACGAGUUGAGAUUUGAUCGAAGCAGGCUUUCGAAUGUAGAAACCGUAAUUAAUUUGGAUAAGUGGGAUUCCUAUGGAGGGCAGCUGAGAACAUGGGAUCCGUUUUAUAAAGGAUUGGAGGAUUCUUCCGGGGUUGACGGUCUUUGGUGGAUUUCUAGGACGACAACCUGCAAAGCUAUGAGAUGA